UCUCGUGCCUCCCGCCUCUUUUGGGUGCGAGACCCUCGGCCCGCCUUCCCGGCUCUCCACCUGCGCGCCCUCGCCCGCUCGCUCACUCCCCGGGCUCUGCGCCGGCGCGGUACCCGCCAGAGCGCGUGGGGAGCCGCGAGGCGCAUGCGCGGUGCGGGGCCCGCCGCCGCUCUGGUGUCGCCGCUGUUGCUGUCGCCGCCGUCGCCGCCUCCCUGCCGGCAAGUGUGGGAAGGAGGAGCUGAGGGCCGCCGCCGCCGUUGCCGCCAUGGGGAGGAAGUCAAGCAAAGCAAAGGAGAAGAAGCAGAAGCGGUUGGAGGAACGAGCAGCCAUGGAUGCUGUCUGUGCCAAAGUGGACGCCGCCAACAGGCUUGGAGACCCUUUGGAGACUUUCCCAGUGUUCAAGAAAUAUGAUCGAAAUGGGUUAAAUGUCUCCAUUGAAUGUAAGCGUGUAUCUGGACUGGAGCCAGCCACCGUGGACUGGGCCUUUGACCUGACCAAGACCAACAUGCAGACCCUGUAUGAGCAAAGUGAGUGGGGCUGGAAGGACCGAGAGAAACGGGAGGAAAUGACGGAUGACAGAGCCUGGUACCUCAUUGCUUGGGAAAACAGUUCCGUCCCUGUUGCCUUUUCUCACUUCCGGUUUGACGUGGAGUGCGGGGAUGAAGUCCUGUACUGCUACGAAGUGCAGCUGGAAAGCAAGGUGCGGCGGAAAGGCCUGGGGAAGUUCCUCAUACAGAUCCUGCAGCUCAUGGCCAAUAGCACACAGAUGAAGAAAGUUAUGUUAACAGUAUUUAAGCACAAUCAUGGUGCCUACCAGUUCUUCAGAGAAGCACUGCAAUUUGAAGUCGACGACUCCUCGCCUAGCAUGUCCGGUUGCUGUGGGGAAGACUGCUCCUAUGAGAUCCUGAGCCGAAGGACCAAGUUCGGGGAUAGCCAACACUCCCAUGCAGGCGGGCACUGUGGGGGCUGCUGCCACUGAACUCCAAAGCCAGAAUGCUCUCUCCAAGGCCUGUCCUCUCCUCCGGUCUCACACCACGUGCCAGGCAUCCUCAGAGCUAGGGCCUCCUCAGCCCUGCGUGCGCCAGGCUGCACCCUGAGAGCACAGAACCCUGGGAGGAGUGGUCUGAGCUGCCCCCCUCCUGUCUCCUAGAAGAGCAGAGUGCUGGAGGGCGCAGAGAGGAGAGGUUGCUGAGGGAAGAGCUGGCAGAACUCGGGCAUGAAGUGCAUCCUCUCAUGGCUGCCUUCCACUCGGCUCUUGUACCCUUGAGCGUAAGGUUCCCCAACUUCUCUGCAGCUGGAUUCCUGACAAGCCCCCCGCCACACCCCCUGGCAAAAAAAGAAACCCCACACACACUUGCACAAAUGGAUUGUUUAUACCCACCUUUAUGAAAGUCCUGGAGCCUUGGGUUGGGGUCUGGCUGGUCCCCAAAGAGGAGUGGACUCAAUGUAAGAUCAGAGCAUAGAGAGAAGCUCAUGUUGUGUGGACAGAAUGCACCGAUGGAGGCUGUGGGAAGGUCUUCUGAGCCAUGACGCAGGGACGCAGGGACGCAGGGGAGCUCUUAGUAUCUAUCUGUGUUCAUCGGUCCACAGUUGGAGUGGAGUCAUCCCAGGCGCCAGCCGACUCCAGGAGGAAGGCUGCCUCCCACUUUCCCUCGCUGUCUGAGGGGCUGAGGGCCGGGAACAAGGCACGGAAUGGGGCCUGGCCGCAUGGGGGCGAUGCUUCUCUGGGCUUUUGGACUUGGCUGCAUUCUGUAACCCUGCCAUUUGAGUUUUUUAUUCAUAGAAAAAAGCCAGAGGUCCUGCCCGACCCUCCCCAUUGCCCCACACCACUCUCUGCCCUGCCUCUCACCCCGACCCCAUAUACCUCGGUUCCUACUCCAAAGCAGGGAAUAACAUUAGGGAGCCCCUCAUCUUACCCAGAAGGCCCCCUAAUUCCUGGCUGUUUAAUGCCACUUCCUCUCAUAUAUUGGUGCUGAUAGCUCUCUGAAGGUGGGCCUCCCUCCCCACCAUCACCUGCCCUCUUCAGAGAGCCCCCAGCCAGCAGCAGGCCUCCUGGCCCGCACCCCCCAGCCUUGCCGCUCACUGCCUCAGUGGGGCAGCAAUGUCCUGCCCUGGCCGGCUGCUCAGGCUGCAGCAGGGAGGCCUCUUGCGCCUGAAUAGCCGCUUUGCUCUGGAGUCACCCUGUGGCAGCAGGCUGGAGCGGGGGAGAAGAAGGCCUUCCUCCCCUCUCGUGGGACAGAGAGGGCACAGGGUCAGAGCCUGUCCUCACCCUGGUCCCCUUCCAGGGAAGAAAAUGACCAAAUCCUUACCCAGGAAAAAGCACCUACUGCCUCCCCUUGGAUGUCCUUGAGCUCUGCCUUAGGGACUGUCUUAAAGGUUUUAGCCUUUGUGAAGUUGCCCUCGUGGAGGUCUGACCAUCUGACCUCCGAGUAUGCUCCCACCCACCCUCUGCCCUGCCUCAGGCAGUCUGUGCUCGGGGAUCGCCCCCAGAUUCCUG